AUGAUCAAAACCUGCACCUUCUCCCGCUGCCUCAGGAUGCUGUGUGUAGGCAGCAGCAGGGUCAGUGGGCCCCGAGGCAGCCGCAGCCCCAGGCUGUGCCGCUGGGUGCCACGCUCCGCCCCCAGCUGCUGCCGCCUGCUUGUGGGUGUCUUCACCCCGGGCUGCAGCGGGCUGGGCUGCCCGGGUGAAGAGACUGCCAUGGCCCUGUCCGGAGCCCUGGAGCGGCUGCAGGAGGAGGCCAUCUGCUCCAUCUGCCUGGAGUACAUGAGUGAGCCUGUCAGUGUCGACUGCGGGCACAACUUCUGCCGCGGCUGCAUCACCAAGCACUGCCAGGAGAAGUGUCUCUGGAAUGACGCGCCCUUCUCCUGCCCGCAGUGCCGGGCCCCCUGCCGCCGCAGCAGCCUGCGCCCCAACAGGCAGCUUGCCAACAUCGUGGAGAGCAUCCGGCAGCUGGGGCUGGGGGGCGGCGUGGCGCCAGGGACCCCACUCUGUACCCAGCACGACGAGCGCCUCAAGCUCUUCUGUGAGGUGGAUGAAGAGGCCAUCUGCGUGGUGUGCCGGGAGUCCCAGCACCACCGCUCCCACGCCGUCUACCCCAUUGAGGAGGCCGCACAGGUGUACAAGGUGAAGCUCCAGAAAGUGUUGGAACAUCUUUCCAAGGAAGUAGAGGAUAUGAAGAAGUGUGAGUCAGUGACAAAGAUGAAAAUCCAGGAGUGCAAGGAGACAGUAAAGAAAAAGCGGGAGAGGAUUGUGAGCGAGUUUGGGAAGCUGCAUCGGCUGCUGGCUGCUGAGGAGAAGCUGCUGCUUCAGAAGUUGGAGGAGGAGGAGAAGCAGAUUCUAGUGAUGAUCUCUGAAAACGUGGUUAGGCUGGUGGAGCAGAAGUCCUUGCUGGAUGAGCUGAUCCUGGAGAUAAAGGAGAAGAUGCACCUGCCGGAUGAGGGGCUUCUCAAGGACAUGAAAUGCAUCCUGAGCAGGUGUGAAGCGGUGAAGUUCCAGACCCCUAAAGCUGUGUCUGUGACCCUGAAGGAGGACUACAGCAUUCCGGAGCGCUGCCUGGGCAUGAGGGACAUGCUGAAGAAGUUCAAAGUGGACGUGACUCUAGACCCUGAGACAGCGCACCCUGAUCUUAUCCUAUCUGAGGACCACAAGAGUGUGCGGCGUGGGGGCAGGAAACUGCUCCUAUCCUUCUUUGACAACCCCAGGAGGUUUAGCUCCGCUCCGGUGGUGCUGGGAGUGCAGCUCUUCUUCUCAGGCCGCUGCUACUGGGAGGUGCAUGUGGGAGACAAGCCGGAGUGGGGCUUAGGGCUGUGCAAGGAGGCUGCCAGCCGGAAAGGCAACAUCCUCUUCUCUCCAAACAACGGCUACUGGGUGCUGCGGCUGCAAAAUGGUGGCAACUAUGAGGCCCUCACCUGUCCUGUCUCCCGUCUGACCCCGAGCAUCAGACCCCGGUGCAUCGGCAUCUUCCUGGACUACGAGGCUGGAGAAAUCUCCUUCUACAAUGUGAGCGACCGCUCCCACCUUUACACCUUCACUGACAAGUUCUCAGGGAACCUCCGGCCUCUUUUCUACCUGGGUUCCUUCCUGGGGGGCAAAAAUGCAGAGCCCUUGGUGAUCUCCUGGAUGAGGGACAUGCAGGGGACUGGCUGCAUCGUCCUGUGAUGGGAGGCAAGCAGAGACUUGGGGGCCCGAUGGGCUGCUCAGGUCAGCAGGGGGGUGAUGGCUGGGCAGCAGCUGUGUGCAUGGGGGGCACAUAGCGAUGGCCCCACCAGCCCCUGCUCCUGCCAGGACUGUGCUGGAACUGGGGCACCCGUUGGCCACCACCGUCUUGCCACUCACCCAUAGGCUUCUGGUGGUGGGUGCUGCUUUGUCAUGCGUUUGGUAUGAGCUGUACUGACACAAGGCAAUAAAGGGAUGAUGUGGGGA